CAAUGGUGACCUAAACGACGACUUUGUUGUGCUCUCCUUCUCACCGCUUUCUGACUCUGUUGAUUGCCCUCCUCCUUCUCCAAGGCGCCAUCAACGCCAGGACAAUGCUGCAGGAAGAAUACUCCCCGGCGGUUCCGGUCCCGGCCGCUACAGCUAGCGGCUAUGGAGACCACAAUUAUCAGGGUGAUGGCUCAGCCAACGGUGAUAAGUCUCCGACGACGACCCAGCAGAAGACUGUCCAAAUGUCGCCGGCGACGGCGAUGACUCAGGACUCCUACCAGACUGACAAUGAUGGUGAUUAC